ACAAGGAAUAUGAGAAGUCGGUGCGAACAGAGGAGAUCGACGGCGCAAAAUUGGUGAAAAAUGUGGCGCAGAAUAUGGAGGAAAUAUUUCGGAAAAAAGCGGAGGCCACACGAAGGCUCGUAGAAGCGGCAGAAGAAGCUCAUCUCCAGCAUGAGGAGAACCCUGACCUACAGUACGAGUAUUUCAACGCAGUGCUUAUAAAUGAGGUGGAUGAAGACGGGAACAGUGUAGAGCUGGGAGGAGAGUUUCUCCUGGAACCCAAUGAUCAUUUUAAUAACCUAUCAGUCAACCUCAGCCUCAGCGUGGUGCAGGUGCCAACCAACAUGUACAAUAAAGACCCUGACAUAGUUAAUGGAGUCUAUUGGUCGGAAGCCUUGAACAAAGUUUUCGUGGAAAACUUCAAAAGGGACCCGACUCUUAUUUGGCAGUACUUUGGAAGCGCUAAAGGUUUUUUCCGACAAUACCCAGAUGUGUACAACCAAGAGAUCCGUUAUGUGGAGCCCUGUCUAAACGGCACGCUCGUUCAAGCUGACAGUACUAAUAAGGAUCACUUUAAAGAGCAUCUGGACAAGUUAUUCGCCAAAGGAAUCGGGCUUCUGGGCAAUGCACUGACUGAGGCUUUCACUAUCUUAAAUGAGAUUAAUCAGACCGGCCGAGGAAGUUCAUGUAGUCAGGCGAUCAUGCUGAUAACAGAUGGAGGCACUGAAAUGCACGAUGAUGUUUUCGCCAAAUAUAACUGGCCUGAGCGCAAGGUUCGUAUAUUCCCCUACUUGAUUGGCCGUGAAUCUGCAUUCGCUGAUAACCUAAAAUGGAUGGCGUGUGCCAAUAAAGGUUACUUUAGUCAGAUCUCCACGCUGGCUGACGUUCAGGAGAACGUGAUGCGGUAUUUGCACGUGAUGAGCAGACCUAAAGUUAUCGACCAUGAACACGACACAGUGUGGACUGAAGCCUAUGUGGACAGCGCACUCGCACAGGCGCACAAGCUUGGAGAGAAUAAAGGCCCAAACCCGAUGACCACAGUCGCCAUGCCUGUGUUUAGCACCAAGAAAGAAACGAAAAACCAAGGCAUCCUGCUAGGUGUCGUAGGCACUGACAUCCCCAUUCAGGAGUUAAUGAAAACCAUCCCGAAACACAAGCUAGGAAUACAUGGAUAUGCGUUUGCCAUUACCAAUAAUGGAUAUAUCCUGACACAUCCCGACCUGAGGCCCCUGUACCAGGAUGGCCAGAAGAGGAAGAAACCCAGUUACAGCAGCGUGGACCUGUCCGAGGUGGAAUGGGAGGACACAGAGGAUGUUUUACGCACAGCAAUGGUGAACAGACGAACUGGCACUUUCUCCAUGGAAGUAAAAAGAACAGUGGACAAAGGGAAACGUGUCUUGACGAUGCACAAUGAUUAUUACUAUACUGAUAUUAAAGGAACUCCAUUUAGUGUUGGUGUGGCGCUCUCUCGAGGACAUGGGAAAUACUUCUUCAAGGGAAAUGUUUCACUAGAAGCCGGUCUACAUGAUCUGGAACAACCCGAUGUUGCCCUUGCUGAUGAAUGGACAUACUGUAACACAGAUGAGCACCAUGAGCAUCGUCACCUGACUCAAGUUCAGGCCAUCAAACUCUUCAUGACCAGCCGUAAACCACAUCUCAAAUGUGACAGAGAGCUGAUUCAGCAGGUUUUGUUUGACGCUGUAGUAACGGCUCCCUUAGAAGCGUACUGGACUGGACUGGCCCUUAAUAAGUCUGAGAACUCUGAUAAAGGGGUUGAGAUCGCUUUUCUCGGCACUCGUACUGGUCUUUCCAGAACUAACCUGUUUGUGGUUCCCGAGCAGCUGACCAAUCAAGAUUUCCUCACUGCUGAAGACAAGGAGGGCGUCUUUAAUGCAGAUCACUUUCCUCUGUGGUAUAAAAGAGCCGCAGAGCAGGUGCCCGGCACUUUUGUGUACUCCAUUCCCUUCAGUUCAGGGGGAGAAAAUAAAAGUGUGGUUUUGGCGAGCACUGCUAUCCAACUACUCGAUGACAGGAAGUCUCCUAUAGUGGCAGCUGUGGGAAUUCAAAUGAAGCUGGAAUUCUUUCAGAGAAAAUUUUGGACGGCCAGUCGACAAUGCAAUGCUCUGGAUGGGAAAUGUACCAUCAGCUGUGAUAAUGAGGACAUUAAAUGUUAUCUCAUAGACAACAAUGGCUUCAUCCUGGUCUCUGAAGACACUUCUCAGACAAACCUCUUUUUUGGAGAAGUGGAGGGAGUCGUCAUGAACAAACUGCUUCUGAUGGGCUCAUUUAAAAAGAUUAAUUUGUAUGACUAUCAGGCUCUCUGUAAAGAGUACGCAGGUAGCAGUGACAGCGCACACACUCUGCUGGAUCCCUUCACCACUGUGAAAUGUCUCUUGACAGAACUUGUCAUAUUUCUGCUGGAGUUUAACCUGUACAGCUGGUGGAACUGUGACUCGACAGUCAAAGCCCAGAGAGCUCAGAGGACAAUGAUGGUGCCGUGUGACACUGAAUACCCAGCUUUCGUCUCUGAGCGCACCAUCAAAGAGACCACAGGGAACAUUGACUGUGGUGGCUGUAUACGGACCUUUGUAAUUCAGCAGAUUCCCAGCAGUAACCUGUUCAUGGUGGUUGUUGAGAAUAAAUGUGACUGUAGCUCUGCCCCUCCGGUUACCAUGGAGCCCAUUGAGAUUAUUUAUAAUGAGUCUCUGAAGUGCGACAGACUGAAGUUUCAAAAGGAUCGCAGACGGCCACAGUCCUGUCAUCCAUUUCAUCUAGAGGAGAACGCUAUGGAAUGCGGCUCAGCAAAUGCUUUGAAUUUUCCACUGGUAGCCAUUUUAUUCCCAGUGUUGUCGUUCCUGAUCAGCAGGUGACCUCUGACCCCUGCCUUGAUCCAUUAGGCUUAAUAUACACUCCUUGCUUCCGCCAAGCUCUGUUCACAGAGACAAAAUCAUCUUUGUGAUGUCUGGAUUACUGAAGAUAGAUGAUAUUUAUUACCGUCAAAGACUUUGUUAGAAUGUGCUGAGUGUUUUCUUCUUACAUGUGGACCAGUGAACAUGCCUGGAUAUCAGUGGCUGCCACGAGCCGUCACAGCUAAACGCAG